AGGAGUCGAUAGUAGUAGACUUUUAUGUUAACUUUUAAGUUUGUUUACAUAGUUGAGACACACUCGAAUUAUAGUAAUUAGUUAAAUGGAACACUUCGCACCGAGUUCACUAUAAUUUAAAAUCUUAUGGAAAUUCAAAUGUCUCUUAUUUCUGUGCUGUUACAUCACAGAAAAAGAGCGGUUUUAUUUGAGUGCGUACGUAACCUUUCAUAAGAAGACGAACAAUCACAUUAGAAAUACGUGCAAGCUUCUAUUACUGGAAUGCUGGCGCAUACAUUGCGGAUGAUUUUGAAGAAACUAAGUGGAGUGACACAAAAGAACAUAACUCGAUGUUUGCGAACAUUUGAGAAGACGGAAAGAAGUAGGACAUUAUUUUCAUUUAAAACUGCGAGGAAUAAAAUGUCAGAUUCAGCAGAGUAUGCAGACGUCAGUAAGAGUAACCAGCGAUGGCAAUACCUGAGACGUGUUUGGAGGCCUCUUCCUUUAAGUCUCCUGUUUGCAACUGUUGGUGUGGUUCAGUGGAACUACAUAAAAAAGAAACACACGAAGGAACCCGUAGAAGAGGCAAAGGACUGGGAGGUGACGUGCUACCGAUCUGUUCCAUUGCGCCUUGUGUCACGGAGCUGGGGCUGGUUUAGCAAUCUGGAACUACCUGAACCACUCCGGACUCGACUCAUAUCUGCUUACAUUACGAAAUUUGGUUGCAACUUGGAGGAGGCAGCAGUUACCAACUUAUCUGCAUAUCGUAGUCUAGCAGAUUUCUUCUGUCGAGAACUGCGUCAUGAUGCACGUCCAAUUGCUGCCACUGAUUGCCUUGUAUCUCCUGCAGAUGGGAGUGUGGUAAAUAUAGGACGUGUUUCAUCUAGCAAAGUGGAACAAGUCAAGGGUGUCACAUACACGCUUGAAGCUUUCCUUGGACCACAUACAUGGAAACCAGUAAGUCAAGAGGACAAUGGAGGUGGCACCGCUGAUCAGGAGUAUCAGAAAUCGUUGCUGCACAAUAAGAAUAAUGUGUUGUACCAGUAUGUUGUAUACUUGGCACCUGGAGACUAUCACCGAUUUCAUUCGCCUGUUGACUGGGAUGUCAUUUUUAGGAGACAUUUUCAAGGAGAACUCUUGAGUGUUAACCCAGUUGUGGCUCAGGUUGUUCCAGAGCUCUUCUCACUAAAUGAGCGAGCUGUCUACAUAGGACAGUGGAAGCAUGGUUUCUUCUCUAUGACUGCAGUUGGGGCCACUAAUGUGGGUUGCAUCAGAGUGUACUGUGAUCCGAGCCUUAAAACAAAUGAGAGAAAGUGGCGUCGCGGCGAAAAGCGAAGAGACCUCUUCCUGUCUGGUGAGGGUGGUGGUCCAGUCCACAUAGAGAAGGGAGAGCUUUUUGGUGAAUUUCGUAUGGGCUCAACCAUUGUUGUUCUAUUUGAGGCACCACCAGAUUUCACUUUUCGUGUGGAACAUGGUCAGAGGAUACUUGUUGGUGAAGCAAUCAGUGAAUGCCUAGCAUAAAUUCAGAAAAUAUAUACAUAUGUGCUAUUUAUUUUGUUGUGAUUGUUCUAGUUCCUUUUUGUAAGAUAUAUAUAUAUCUUUGUAUAUGAAAUAUAACUGAAAACAUUUUUGUAUGUGGUUUAUAAAUUGAUGAUAAAAGUGAAA